AUGCCGGGCUUAGCAUUGGAGCACAGCACUGCAACCGCUAUCAGAUUUUCAAUCAUUCCCACCUCAAGCACUACCGAGGCCGCCUGGGAUCACUCUGCUAUAGAGGGAUCCGGUUUUCCUGACCUUCGUGAAGGAUCCAGCUAUUAUUCGUCCGGGGCUGAUAACUUUGAUUUUUCUGGAGAUGAUAGAUACUCCUUCUCAGGAUGGCAGGGCUAUUCGAACUACUGGGAUUCGUCCGGAACUGAUAACUUUGACUUUUCGGGAGAUGGCAGCUACUCGGUCUCGGGAUGGCAUGGCUAUUCGAACUACUGGGAUUCGUCCGGGGCUGAUAACUUUUACUUUUCCGGAGAGGACAGCUACUCGUUCUCAGGCUGGCACGGCUAUUCGAACAGCUGGGAGCCGGAAAUGGAGUCACCAUGCCACAUCGACCUCUCGGCCGAUGACAACGGCUACUUGCGCCAGACCCAAAUCCCCGUGUUUCACCCCGGCUCCGAUGACCAGAUCGAUGUCCGUAUAACUGGGAAUUGGCUGCUUGCGGGAUUAGCUGGCGUUAUGAUGAGUAUCCUUUCUGGUUACCUCUAUAUGAAAAAGAGCCCUUUGGAUGGAAAUGUCACUUUGGUGCUCCUGUUGACAUGCUUUUUUCGAUUUUUCGCGGGCCUUUCAAAGAUUUAUGAUGCGAUUUGUAUAUGGAGUUGGCAUUGUGUAGUUGAUCAAGUUGAUGUAUUUUAUUGGGGAAUGGGCUUGAAUACGGUAAUUGCCUCGCUCGAGAUGAGCUUCUACUAUUCGAUGCACUUGGCAUUACAUUGUCUAACAAUCGAUCGAGCUAUUUUGGCUUUUUUCGGGAUUGGCGUCUACCGUUUUGCCCGUUACGUAAUGAUCGUCUAUGGGAUUAUCGUUUCCAUUCUGCCUCUUAUUCCAAUUUGGCUCAUGCUGGGGACAAUACGCGACAACGACCUACACUGCUGGGGUGGUUUCUGGUUCGACCCGACCUACCUUGCGCUCACUAUCACAAAGUAUCAAAACGAAGUCUCUCGCGAGCUAUUCGACGACCUGCGCACUCUGGCACUCCUGAUAAUCAGCUUCACACUGGUGCUGAAUCUGGCGACUUUCUGGCGUUUUAAAUAUCUGACCAUGGUCGAAAAAUGGAACUUGAUCGCCGCCCAUAAUCCGCUACUAGUGAUGAUGUUGGGCUUUUCCAAUCUAUCGUUCUUCUUUGACGAACUGCUGAUUGGGUUGACGCAAAAUACCUUCUAUGUCUUCAAGCGCAGUGACGUCACGGCGAACAUCGCCAAAUCCUAUCGCUAUCACGCCAGCGUCAUCGUGACCGGUAUACUCUUUGUUUGCUACGGAUAUGCGUGCGGCGAUGAGCAGCGCCGAGAAAAAAAACGCGACGUCAUCACUGUCAGCUCGAGCAUGCCUACGAUGAGUGCCAGUGCCGCAGAA